GAAUUUGGUCAUAGAAAACAUUGCGCACGGGUCACGCGAGGUCAAGAAAAGACCGCUGCUGCCUGUCCUGCUGCCUGUGCCGAGUCCGUUGUACCAGGUUUAACACGCGUCGUGGGCAGGGGUGGGGUCCAAAAUGCCAAUUUUGUUUUGCUUGGGCCUACGAGACCAGGUAACACUCGUGUACUACUAAAGCUCUCGGCUCGACGACAAAAUUGAAUCGUCUGUCCUUUGUUGAUGAUUUAAGCAGGCCGCGUGUCGCCGAAAGCCGAGCCUCUAGCCCAUUCAUUGCCACCUCGCUCAUCGCCCCCUCGCUCAUCGCCCCCUCGCUCAUCGCCCCUACCUAAAGGGAAAAAAGACGGCAAAAAGAUGGUGACAUUCGAGAAGCCCUCGGGCCCUCCCGAGCCGACCCCCAACCCCAGUUCCGGCGGCAGCGGCAGCAACGGCUCCGUCUCGUCGGCCUCGGUCGCAGUCCGCCAGUUCUCGUCCCUCGUCCUAGUCGCACUCCUCUACACGGCCGCAACCCCGUUCGAGCCCUUCUCGUGGCUGCUAGGCCCCAUGGCGACGAGCGGCAGCUUCCUGUUCGACAGGCUGCUGGCGGGCUUGCUCCUGUUCUGCGCCUUCUACUUCCAGUGGCGCGUGGCGUCGCUGCGCCGCGACCUCGUGGUCAGCCUGCCGCUGCCCGCCGGCGGCGGCACGCAGAUCCGCAACGGCCGCAUCGAGACGACCACCAGCCGGAGCGCCCAGCUCUGGCUCUGGCAGCCGCGCGACUACUGGCCCUUCGCCGUCAGCGAGGCGGCCCUGCUCAUCGUCGCCGAGUUCGUCGCGCCCGAACUGCUGCGCAGGGCCAUUGUCGCCGUGGUUCUGGCCGGCCUGUGGGUGCUUGGCUGGUCGGCCACGCCGCAGAGCUACAAGCGCUGGGCCUGGGAACACAUCAAGGUCUACCUGUUUGUGUUGGUACUGGACGAGAUUCGGCGCAUUGGGUGGAGCGGUGGCGGUGGCGGUGGCGGCGGCAGGCGAGCUGCGAGAGGACGGGGGCGGUGGUGAGUAUGC